AUGUUCAAUAAAUUGAAGCUGAGAAAGGCGCCCCUUUCUCUUUCGUCAGUUUCUAAUGCUAUAAAGAAUGCUGGGUCAAGUGAUUUGUCUCCUCAGGAGCUCAAUCCCAAGCAUCUUAAACUAGCUGUGGGAGACCAAUUGGGACUUCCCCCGGACUCCAUCGUAACCGCAGCUUAUGAUCCGGUUCAAUCGCUUUUGGCUAUUUGCACCAGAGAAAAUACGAUCCAUGUGUAUGGCCAGCAGACGGUCGAGGUUGUCUUUGAGUUCAAAACAACGAGUACGAUUGACCACUUACGCUUCAUCAAGGGAGUCUACUUGGUAUGUGUCCAGUCACUGGGUGGAAUAACAGUCUUGUCUUUACACAACAAGACUAUUUUGGCAAACUACACUUGUCCUGGCACAGUGACGGCUGUGGCCUCCGAUCCUUCCUUGGACUGGUUGGCUGUUGGUCUUAACAACGGAUCAGUGGUCUUUUACGACGUUGACCGAUUCAGUCUUUCACCUUUGAGAGUUGACAAUUUGCAAAAGAUGGUAAUGCAGAAGCAGAAAAUGUCUGCGGUGUUAGGUCUCGAGUGGCAUCCCAGAGAUAUCGGCACACUUUUGGUGACAUACGACCAUUGUGUGGUUCAGUACUCGAUCACCCUGGGUAUCAUCAAGAAUUCCUUCGUAUACCAGUUGACUCGUGAAUGCAGAGGAUUCGAGUAUUCCAACUUCGUUGAGAGAGGUGGUAAGAAGAAGGUAUUUGGCUCUGUAAAGGAGGUGAUCCCGCUAGUGACCGAAGCUCACUACCAUCCAAACGGUCUCCACAUGGUCGCUGUUCAUAAUGACGGAACGUUGGCAUUCUGGGACGUCAACUCUGCCACCUUGCUUGAAGCAAGAACUGUAAUGGCUACCGGCCUUCAUAAGCCUGGAGAGCCAGCCGGUAACUUGAACUUUGAAGAAGCCCCCCUUGCCAUAAGAGCUAAGUGGAUUGCAGGCUUGGAUCCUGAGGUGACUCAACUUUUGGUCACCGGCGCCUCUAGAUCAGAUCCCGAGUGUGUGGAUGUGCUUGACUUUGGAUUGACCGCAAAGUACAGUUUGACAUCUCACGAAAAGCAGGGCGAAUUCUACUCCCGUCCGCAAGAUGGCCAAAGAAAGAUCACUGUCCCAUUUAAUCGCAGAAGAAAAGAAGAUGGUCCUAACGAAUACAUUGAGAAGAUUCUCCCGCUUGCCGAGGAUGGCCUUUUGUACUUCAACGGUUGCCACAACCCUUCGAGCAUUCUUUUCAUAUCUAGUUUAGGAGCUGUGUAUUUGGUGAAGUACAACCCUGAUGCCGGUGGACUCGGCACGACGAGAAAUUUGCUUCUCCCACCGUCAUUAUCGUUUACCGUUCCUCCUACAACCUACUUCUCGACUGUGUCUGUUAAAAGGAUGGAGUGGUUUGGCGUUCUUUCAAAGAGGAGGUCAACAGCUGCGGGCUCAAAUGAUCAGCCUUUGGUCAACGGAGGUGCACCCGUAAACAAGAACUUUCCUAGAACUGUCGGCUUUGAUGAUAUUAACCACACUAUCGUUAUCACCGGUCAUGAAAAUGGUGAUGUGAGAUUCUUGGAUGUGACCGCUGGCGAGUUUCACAACGAAGAGAAGUUGAUUACAUUGGGGUUCCGCAAUACAGUCUACAACGGAAAGGAGUCCAGCUCAUAUAGAAUUGCGAGUGUGUCAUGCAGCUUCGAAAGCAGGGAAUUGGUUGUUGGUCUCGCCAAUGGUAACGUUUUAAUCUGCAAGAUGGGCAAGCUAGGACAUAAUCCUCUAGCACAACCACCGGCAAAUUGUGGUUAUGAGGAGUGUCCAGUCCAGCAUCAGAAUGGCGAUGCCCGCAUCGUUAAUAUGAGGAGCAGAAUCCUGGGUUCAUUUUCAUCGUCAAGUUUCAUUCCUGAGCAUCUUUUGGUGCUUGGUGCAAAGGACAAAAUUACAAGCCUCAAGAUGUCCCAAGCUGGUUUUGCUGCGAUCGGCUACAGGUCUGGUAGGCUUGUGGUUUGUGAUGUGUCUAGAGGUCCCGCUGUGAUUUUGAAUCAAGAGGCUGUUUCUAGUUAUGUGCCAUCUGUUUCGGGAGAAUGCUUUGUUACAACGAUCGAGUUUGCAAUUAUGGAAUAUGGCCAAGAAGGAUACUCUUCGUUGUUGAUGCUUUGUGGUACAAGUGCUGGUGGUAAUCUUCUUGUUUUCAAAAUUGUCCCUCUUCCAUCUGGAGGCUUUGAGGUGCAAUUGGCAGACAAGACAAUUGGCUUGAACUAUAGAAGCACUGAGAAUAAUCAAGACAACGGUCUUGAUAAAAUUAUUCCUGUCAACACCUCGAAUGGUGCUCUGGCAGUUGCGACCCUUGAUGUGUUCCAAAGAUUGGCACAGGGUGUCUUGGUACAGGGUUUGAUUGUCACGACUUCGGCGAGAGAUAUCAGAGUGCUUAAAACACCAAAGCAGAAGCUAGCUCACAAGGUCCUCGAUGAAAGUUGUGUUGCAAGCGGUAUCAUAAAUUUCCGAGGCGCCAAGGGUAUUGCCCUUGCACUGCUCACCAAGAAUGGCUUCUUAAAGCUUUUUUCCUUACCCGCUUUGAGUGAUUUAGCAGAUGUGAAGCUACCAAACGAUACCUUCAAGCGUGUGCAGAGGGUUUUGGAGGGCCGGAGCAGUUCAGGGUCCGACAUCCUCCCCUCGGGUGAAGUUAUCCUCAAACUCAACCAGUCUGAGAUGCUUGACUUCUUGCUUUACGACGAAAAGUCUUACAGAGAGCCUAAAGAGAAGGCAUCAGAUCUUUUGUUCAAUGAGAACGCAAUCAUGCCUCCUCGCCCAGCAGCAGGUGCUUUGCUGUGGGCAAAGGGUCAAACUACAUAUGUCUCACCUAAGGAUUUGGCCUCUUUGAUCGCAGGUCCCAACAGAAAGCCCGCAAAGCACAUUGAAAGUCAAAUGGCGUACAACAUCAGCCCUGAGGCUAACCCAAAUCAAUCAUAUGCCUAUGGUGCUCCUUCCACCAAGAGCGGCAGACAGGAGAAGGCCUACGACGAGCCUGUCAGAAAAUCAGCCAAUGCAAACCCUUACUCGUUUGGUACUCAAGGCUUCAUGAAAUCUUUCAGAGAUGGCAUAGACUACGUUGAAAACGGUAUCAACGACUUUGGUAGUGGGCUCUCGGAAUCAAUGACAGAAACUGCUGAUAGCACCAAGAAGUCAUUCUAUUCGCUGGCGGUGAAGUCGAAGUUUGGAUUUUGA